UUGUAUCCUGUUUAAUAUCUAAACAGAGUAAAUGUGCAGCCACACCAUCAUCACAUCAAGCAACACAAUGCUGAGUGCAGUGUAAGCAAUUGGUCGAGCAGCGAGCCAGGCCUGUGGUGUGUGGAAAAUGCUAGUGGAGACAGACAAUGCACUGGUCCCAGGUCUGGUUCUAGCCCUCCAUGGGACAGGGCUGAUCCCACUUCGACAACAGCGCACGAUCUUCUUUACUGCCUUUUUUGUUUUCUUUGAUUGCCCUCGUGCAGGGACCACCACAUCAUGGGCUCGGGAAGGAUGUUCAAGUUCGCCGUUUGUGAGUUACUGCAGUUCACAGGCCUUUGUGUGCCGCUCUUUAUCAUUAUGCAGAGGUUUGCUGUCAUUGUAGUAAAGGUCAAAGCCUCAGAGCAGCCCCCGGGUGACAGCACCACUGUUUACUGGUUGAUUGUUGCCUCCUCAAUUGCCUAUGUUACCUCUACUGCCCUGCUGGUCUGGCUACCCCUGAAGUACAUGGUCUUCAUGAAGAAGAAGUUUCUCAUUGGAAAAAAGAAGUGGAGGCCUGUUGCCCUUGUAUAUGUGAUCCUCUCCACAUUACCCUGCUUUGCCUUUCUCAUCGCCAGCUCAGAGGUUCAGAUAAAUAACAACCUAAAACACGACACGUUCCAGGAGCUCCCAGUGUCACUAGUCCUCUUCUCUCUAAUCUGUAUUGAUGUCGUGGAAAGAAUACGCCACUGCAGACUAACUGGACAGGCAAAUGAGAUGGCAAGAGAUGCAGACAUCCCUUCUAGUCUCCUCACACACGUGGAGCAGGUGACACAAGUGACGCCCAUCACACUAGCGGCUCCUAGGCCAGCUACACCUGGGCCAGCUGUGGCCGGUGCUAUUCCACGAGCAGCAGGUCAGAUCAACGACAGGAACCACAAUGGAGUAGGGGCACGCCUAGAGAGUAACGGAAUGGUGCCAGGAAUACCACGUAACCAUGGGAGACCUUUUAACAUCUCAGAGUUGAAUUCACACUCAGGAAGCGGUGCAGCGUACCACAUACCUCCAUAUGCUUACACCGGCCCGUUACGUUUCCUGUGUGCCAGUGAUGCCCGAGCAGACGUGUUUGUGGACAGCUUCCUGUUCUGGAUGGACACAGUGGAGAUGGUGAGGGUGGCAGAACACCCACGAGUCUACUACUCAGGCUGGGUGUUUCCCAUUUAUAUCUUCAGCUACUUGUCCUGUUUGCGUGUGGUGGUCAUGCCCCACAGCCCAUUGCUUUCCUCACUUGGUGUGGCCCUGCAAGACUUGCCCUUCUUCUUCGUGCGUGUUGGACUCAUUGCCUUCUUUGGCCUCGUCACACCCAUCCUGUAUUUGAUGAAGAACCUGUUGGUGUGCCUGGCCUUUGUCUACUUCAACUUCAUGACCAAACUGAGGUUGUUCAACACAGAAAGGAUGUACUUUUGAGAGUGACACUCAGGGCAAAGACUACGCUGCAAAUGUACAACAACAGAAUAUCUAAGAGCACAGCUGGUUUCGGUGAUGUAGAAAUGGAUUUGUGCAUGUGCCACAAAGGGAGGUGGUUUCACAGGUCACAAGGGAGGAAGUGUUUUCCCAUCACUGAAGUUGACUAUCAAACACAAGAUUUGUGCCUUUGAUUAUUGCAUUCAUGUUUCAAAAUUUCCUUUUUUAAUA